AUGAAAGCAGCGGUUUUCUCGGGGGAUAAGCAAUCUCCAAGUGAAUUCAAGGAUUCAUUAAAUAUACCCAAAAUCAAACCCGACGAAUUACUAAUUAAGGCCAAAGCCUUCGCCAUCAACCCCACUGAUUGGAAAUCAGUUCAUAAUGGAAGCAGUUCCAAGGGUGAUAUUCUCGGCUGCGAUGUGAGUGGAGUGGUUGUUGAAGUAGGUGAGAAUGUCCCUCAUUUCGAAAUUGGUGAUUUCGUGGGGGCAUUUGUUGUUGGUAAUAUUUUCCCUCACAAUGGAGCAUUUGCUGAAUUUGUGGCUGCAAAUGCAUUUGGGUGUGUCAAGUAUGAUCUGUUGGAUGAUGGCCAAGUGGGUGGUGGUUGUGGCGAUGGUGGUGGUGGUGUUGUGAAGUCUGGUCCUAUUACUACUUUUCUUGGUGCUGCUAGUGCUACGUUGGGGUUGGUUACAAUUGGUGAUUCGUUUUCGUAUCAGUUGAAAAUUGGGGAGAGGUGUAGCGAGGGUGAUUAUAUUUUGAUAUGGGGUGGUGCCAGUGCUACUGGUAUUUUGGCUAUACAAUUGGCCAAGGCCAUUUAUGGAUUGAACGUGAUAACCACUGCGUCUAGAAAGAAUCACGAGUAUCUCAAAUCGAUUGGGGCUGAUUACGUUUUCGACUAUCAUGAUGAAGAUGUUGGGUCCAAGAUUAAGGAGAUUGGAAGAGGUAUGAUUAAGUUCGGUUUAGAUACAAUUGCACAGCCAUCUACAUUCCAACAAGUUUAUGAUGCCACUAGCGAAGCUUCUGGUGAUGUGUAUUUAGAUUCGUUGCUAUUUCUUGAUUCAAGUUCAAUCAAGUUGGAUGAAAAGAGAGAUAAUUCCAGGGUACAUUAUGGGAAAAGCUUUGCGUAUUUGGCAAUCACUGAAGCAAAGAAAACUGCCACUGGUGUAUUGUUGAAAAGACCCGAGGAUAUGUUGAAGUACUACGAGCCUUGGUGGUUUGAUGUUUUGCCUAAACACAUAAAGUCAAUAAAGCAUGCUAAUUUGAGAGUAUUGACAGAUGGGUUGAAGAGUGUUGAUGAAGGACUCAAGUUGUCGAAGGAAGGAGUGAGUAAUGAGAAAGUUGUAUUUGGUAUCUAG